AUCGAAGGUGAAUGUCGUAGAAACCACAAUCCCUAGCAAACAAGACCAGAGGUAGAGCGAGCUUUGAAGCUGAAUGCUGGUGGUGCCGUUUUGCCGUUAUUGUAUCAGAGACAAGAACUUGGAGUCGCACCACUGACCAGUUUCCGUCGUCAGUCGCCGGAAACAGAUUUUGAACAAUGGCUCAACCAAACUUGUCUAAAAAAUUUGAUGACUACGACGACGACGAUGAUGAUGAUGAUCAGCCGAUAACUUUCAAAAGAUUCGCUAAGAAGAGUCCGUUGCAUUCUGAAGUAAAGAAAGCAACUUCUAACAGUCAUGGAGGACAGUCAAAUGGAAAGAUUACUGAUGUCCAUUCUUCAAAUGGCCAAACUUCUAAGCCGUCACCCAUGAAACCUUGUGCAGGAAUCGCAAAACAAUCGAAUUCGCCUUCAUUAGGGGAUAAACCAAAUAUUGUUAAUGUGAAGAAUGAAACGAAACCUAUCGAACACUCUAGUAAAGGUUAUUGUGAAGAUUCAGAGGAUGACGAUGAUGAUAAACCAUUGAGUUCUAAGUGGAAGAUCAAAUCUAAUCAUGAUAACAAAGUUGUAGCUCCUGUUGUUAUCAAGAAAUCUUCUCAAGACUCGGAUGAUGAUGAUGAUGAUGUCCCUCUGUCAGCAAAGUUCUUACGGAAACCUAAUUCGAGAACAUCCGAUAAGAAGCCUGUUUCAAAAGUUCAGAAAGAGCGGCAAAAUGGUUCCAGCACUAGUAGUAAACAGCAAAAGUCAUCUACACUACCAGUUAAGAGAGAACUAGAAAAUUGUGAUUCCGUGCACUCUUCGGUUAAGAAAUCAAAGGUCUCGGAUUCAGCUGCUUCAAUCAAAACUAAGCAAGUUUCUGUCAAGUGUGAGCUUAAGGCUAAGGAGGAAGAAGAUGACGAUGAUGAUAAACUUCCCAUUUCCCACUCUUCAGUUAAGAAGCCAAAGGUCUCAGAUUCAGCUGGUUCAAUCAAAACUAAGCAAGUCUCUGUCAAGUGUGAGAUUAAGGCUAAGGAGGAAGAAGAUGACGAUGAUGAUGAACUUCCCAUUUCCCACAGAUUCAAGAAGUCACCAAAAUUAACCGAUAAACCAUCUUCCACUAAGAAGAUAUCGACAAAAGUUACUAAAGUGAAUAAGUCUGGUUCAACAUCUUUUAAGAAACAGACCAAGAGCAAACAGACCAAGAACAAGUCUAAACGAUCAGGCAGAGACUCGGAAUAUUCCAUAUCUUCAACACUUCUUCCUAGCUCUGGUGAUGGGCAGAAAAAAUGGACUACGUUGGUUCACAAUGGUGUCAUUUUCCCUCCUCCUUACCAGCCCCAUGGAGUAAAAAUUCUUUAUAAGGGGAAGCCUGUUGAUUUGACUCCUGAGCAAGAGGAGGUUGCUACAAUGUAUGCAGUUAUGCGAGAUACAGAUUACAUGCAGAAAGAUAAGUUCAAGGAGAAUUUCUGGAAUGACUGGCGAGAGGUGCUAGGAAGAAAGCAUGUAAUUCAGAACUUGAAAGAUUGUGACUUCACCCCAAUCUAUGACUGGCACGAAAUUGAAAAGGAAAAGAAGAAACAAAUGACUACAGAAGAGAAGAAAGCUCUGAAAGAAGAAAAGAUGAAGCAAGAGGAGAAAUACACGUGGGCUAUUGUCGAUGGUGUUAAAGAGAAGGUUGGAAAUUUCAGAGUUGAACCUCCAGGAUUGUUCCGUGGCCGUGGAGAGCAUCCCAAGAUGGGAAAAUUGAAAAAACGCAUUCAUCCAAGUGACAUCACAAUUAAUAUUGGAAAGGAUGCACCAAUUCCUGAAUGUCCCAUUCCGGGUGAAUGCUGGAAGGAUAUAAGACACGACAAUACAGUUACAUGGUUAUGCUAUUGGAAUGACCCAAUUAAUUCAAAGCUAUUCAAGUAUGUGUUUCUGGCAGCUAGUAGUUCCUUGAAGGGUCAAAGUGACAAGGAAAAGUACGAGAAGGCUAGGUUGUUGAAGGAUUAUAUAGAGAACAUCAGGGCUGCCUACACGAAAGAUUUUACGAGUAAGGAUAUUACAAAGCAGCAGAUAGCUGUUGCUACUUAUCUUAUUGAUAAACUGGCUCUGAGGGCUGGUAAUGAGAAGGAUGACGAUGAAGCUGAUACUGUUGGCUGCUGCACAUUAAAAGUAGAGAAUGUGACAAGAGAAGCCCCCAACAAAUUGAUGUUUAACUUCCUUGGUAAAGAUUCAAUCAAGUAUGAAAAUACAGUUGAGGUUGAACUUCCUGUUUAUAAUGCAAUUUUGAAGUUCCAAAAAGAUAAAAGCCCUGGUGAAAGUCUCUUUGAUAUGCUGGAUACAAAUAAAUUAAAUACUCAUCUGAAGGAACUCAUGCCCGGCUUAACAGCAAAAGUCUUCCGUACAUUCAAUGCAUCUAUCACAUUAGAUGAUAAGUUGAAUAAGGACACUAAAGAUGGUGAUGUUGCAGAAAAGAUUGUUGUUUAUAAUCAUGCAAAUAAAGAGGUUGCAAUUAUCUGUAAUCAUCAACGGAGUGUUUCAAAAUCUCACAGUCAACAAAUGACAAAAUUAAAUGAGAAAAUCGACGAACUUCAGGCUGAUCUGAAGGAGCUGAAAGUAGAUUUGGACAGGGCAAGGAAAGGAAAACCCCCUACAAAGAGUUCAGAUGGAAAAAGCAAACGGAACUUAACUCCCGAAGCGUUAGAGAAAAAGAUAACUCAAACCAAUGCAAAAAUUGAGAAAAUGCAACGUGAUAUGAGGACAAAAGAAGAUCUUAAAACUGUAGCAUUAGGCACAUCCAAGAUAAACUACCUCGACCCCAGGAUUACAGUUGCCUGGUGCAAGCGGCACGAGGUUCCCAUUGAAAAGAUGUUCACCAAAUCUCUGCUGGCAAAAUUUGCUUGGGCAAUGGACGUGGACCCUGACUUUAGAUUCUGAGAUCUGUAGAAUGGUGGCAUGCUGAGAAGAUGGGUUGCAAAAGUUUUUUUUUUUUUUGACUAACUUUCUAUAAACAAAAUUAAUUGUUCCCUGUUUUGUGGAGUCUAGCAGAAAUCAAUGUUGUAAGUUGAUCUAAUCUAAUUAAGGGGCAAGUUGACCCCUUUCCUUUGAACUGUUUACUGCCUAAACAGUCAACAAUUCAUAGUUACAAUUUUAAUGCCAUACCCAUUGCCAAAUGUGGAAAAUGAGGUCAAGUUUUGUGUUGUCA